AUGGCGGCCGGAGUAGCCACAUGGCUGCCCUUUGCCCGGGCAGCCGCUGUGGGCUGGCUGCCUCUGGCCAAGAAGUCCAUGCCCAAACCUCCUGUUGACAACUCCUCCAAGUCUGACGAGAUCCUGUAUGUCAAUGUCAGCGGAGUACGGUUCCAGACCUGGAAGAACACUCUGGACCGGUAUCCUGACACUCUUUUGGGCUCAUCGGAGAAGGAGUUCUUUUUUAACGAGGAAACUCAGGAGUAUUUUUUUGACCGAGAUCCUGAGAUGUUCCGGCACAUUCUGAACUUUUACCGAACUGGAAAACUACACUAUCCACGACACGAGUGCAUCCAGGCGUUCGACGAGGAGCUGGCCUUCUACGGGAUUGUACCGGAGAUCAUCGGGGAUUGCUGCAUGGAGGAAUACCGGGACCGUAAGAAGGAGAACCAGGAGCGCCUAGCAGAGGACACAGAGGCGACAGAGGGAGCAGAUGCCCCCCUGCCCCCCGACAGCACGCAGCGAGAGCGCCUUUGGAGGGCCUUCGAGAACCCCCACACCUCCACCAUGGCUCUGGUCUUCUACUACGUCACCGGGUUCUUCAUCGCCGUGUCUGUCAUCGCCAACAUCGUGGAGACUGUGCCAUGCCGACCACCCAAAGGAAGCGUGAAGGAUCUACCGUGUGGAGAGAAGUACCAGGUGGCCUUCUUCUGCAUGGACACGGCCUGUGUGUUGAUCUUCACCUUUGAGUACCUAAUGCGGCUGUUUGCUGCGCCCAGUCGUUGUAAGUUCAUGCGCUCGGUGAUGUCAGUGAUCGACGUGGUGGCCAUCAUGCCGUACUACAUCGGCCUGGUGAUGCCGGAGAAUGAGGAUGUGAGCGGAGCCUUCGUCACGCUUAGGGUGUUCAGAGUGUUCCGGAUAUUUAAGUUCUCACGGCACUCGCAGGGUCUGAGGAUCCUGGGCUACACCCUGAAGAGCUGUGCGUCUGAGCUGGGCUUCCUGCUCUUCUCCCUCACCAUGGCCAUUAUCAUCUUCGCCACCGUCAUGUUCUAUGCCGAGAAGGGAACCAAGAAUUCCGACUUUACCUCCAUCCCGGCCUCCUUCUGGUACACCAUCGUCACCAUGACAACACUCGGGUAUGGGGACAUGGUUCCUGGCACCAUCGCAGGGAAGAUCUUUGGUUCCAUCUGCUCCUUGAGUGGAGUCCUGGUCAUAGCCCUGCCUGUCCCUGUCAUCGUGUCCAACUUCAGUCGAAUCUACCACCAGAACCAGAGGGCUGACAAGAUGAGGGCCCAGCAGAAAGUGCGUAUGGCCCGGAUCCGAAUGGCAAAGAAAGGAACAGCCAACGCCUUCCUGCAGUACAAGGAAGAUCGAGGAAUAGGGGACCGGGACAGUGACAGCACAACAAUGUGUGUGAAGAAUAGAUCCACAUUUGAGCAUCAACACCAUCACCUGCUGCAUUGCCUUGAAAAAACUACUAAUCACGAGUUCACAGAUGAGAUGACCUACAGUGAGCUCUGCAUGACGGAAUCUGCCUUCAGGACGAGCCGCAGCACCUCUCUGUCCAGUCAGCAAGGGGCGCACAACAACUCCACAGGCUGCUGUCCACGCAGGGCCAGAAGGAGAGCUGCCAUGAGACUGGCCAACUCUACGGUGUCUGUGAGCCGAGGCAGCAUCCAGGAGUUAGACACUCUGCAUUCAAAGACCACCACCAUCACACCACAAACUCGCUCCAGUCUGAACGCUCAGCCCACAGACCUGAAGUUGAACUGUGGGGAGCAGGACUUCACUGCAGCCAUCAUUAGCAUCCCCACUCCUCCGGCUAACACUCCAGACGAGAGCCUCCCCCCCUCUCCUGCUCCUAUUCCCGGGAUCCUCCGAAACACCAGGGCCACUGCAUGUACCUACGACACCUUCAAGAUCUCCUCCUUAUAA